CAAUGCUGUUGUCAGAAAUGCUGCCACAAAUUUGACGAGAGUGCAACGCGAUGGAGCUGUCCAGAAAAACUUUGAAUGCCUUUGCCCUGCUGCAGCUAAUCCUGUGCCUGCUGCUCCUGCUCGGCUUUAGCUCCGCUCAACUGCAGCAUCAGCAACCGUACUAUCAUCCCCGAGCCCAGCUGUACUAUGAGGCGCCACGACUGAGGCGCUACGAGUAUGCCCCGAGCGCCAGCUAUAUCUCUGGCUAUCCGGUGGCGCCCGCUCUGGCAGGACACUAUCAGCAGCAGACACCGAACUUCCAGCUGAUCAACUAUCGUCCCAGCUACCAGCCCAUGGCCCUGGAGUACCAGCAGCAGCAGCCGCCCCCCCUGCCAGUGCCUGCCCCGGUCCUGCCCUCGAUCUACCCGCAGCCGAGCGUCCAGUACCAGCAGCGAUCCAUUGCGCCGCACUCGGAGCUGUCCAAGUACCGCUACGAGGGGAAUUACCUGCCCGUCCAGCGAGUGGCAGCUCCACCUCCACCGUUCCAGCAACAGCAGCAGCAGCAGCAGCAACUGCGUCGCGUGGAGGAGCCUCUGCAGCAGCUGUACAACGUGCCACCGGCUCUGUUCACCAGCGAUGUGUUGCACGUGAUUCCGCCAAGGCUAGCCAGGCUGCAGGAGCAGCAGCAGCAGCCCCAGACGGAACGUCCCAGACGCAAUGCUCAGGUGGAUGCAGAGGCGGCAGAGACCAGAACUCAGCAAAAGGAGGCACCACCCAUGAAGGAAACCAAGUAUUUUCACGAUAUUUUCAUGCGUUUCGAUGGACCCCAUUCGCGCUCCCACGGACAUGUCCUGAAGCAGCCCAAGGCCGAGGAGCGACGCUUCGAGAUGCAGCGUGGCACCAAUCGCUACAAGGGGGAGGUACGGAGAGGGAAACACACACCAUUUCCAUUAAUUUCCACGCUAAUUCGCAAGGACUUUCUCUCUUAUCCUGUAGGUGAUUUGGACAGAUCGCCAGGGCAGUCAUGGCGAGCAUCGCUGGGACAUGGCCCAGGGAAAACUCUAAGCGAAAAGGAUCUCUGAUGGAAUUUUUUUUUUUUUUUUUUGCCGAUUUCCAUACCACCCUCUCUGGCCCGCUACGCUCUUCUCCCCCCUGCUCUCUCACUGUAUAUAUCCAUAAUCAUAUAUAAAGAUCGUGACUUUUCAUAA